UAAGCGUUGUAUAGUAUGGACCACGAGUUCGUAAACGUAUUCAUUAUUUAAUAGUUAUAGAUUUUGAAUUCGGUAGUCGCAUUGAUUAUAUACAAUAGAUUUUAUAAUCCUAUAAUUCUAUUCUUGAAUUAAUGGUAGUAUUCUAUUCUGUGGUAGUACCUAAUCAGUAGGUUCUUCUUGCAAUAAGGAAAGACAAACGCAGUAUUGUGACUAAAUAUUAGGCACCUCCAUAAUAAUGGACAACGUUCGUCGACUUCUGAUAUUGUAUGGUAGUCAAACUGGAUGUGCUCAGGAAGUUGCUGAAAGAAUCUGGAGGGAAUCAAAAUGGUUGCAUUAUAGUGGACCUGUUAUUGCAAUUGAUGACUAUCCCGUUGAAAAAUUAAUUUUUGAAAAAAAAAUUAUUUUUGUUUGUUCAACUACUGGACAAGGUGAUCAACCAGAUAAUAUGAAAACUACUUGGAAAUUUUUACUAAGAAAAAAUUUACCUUCCAAUUCUUUAACUAAUGUUGAGUUUGCUGUGUUGGGUUUGGGAGAUAGCUCAUAUGUAAAAUUCAAUCAUGUUGCUAAAAAACUGUACAGAAGGCUUAUACAAUUAGGAGGAAAACCAUUAUGUGAUAUCGGGUUAGCUGAUGACCAACAUGAUAUUGGAGCGUUUGCUGUUAUUGAUCCGUGGAUUGAUAAUUUGUGGAAUGUAUUAAUUGAAAAACAUCCACUUACAAAUGGAUUAAUGCCUAUAGACCGAAAUUCAUUACCACCACCAAAGUGGAAUGUACAAUGUUUAAGUUCAAAUAUUUCUAUCCAUAUAAAUGAUAAGUUGCCCAAUAACGACCUAUUAAAACCAAAUUCAACAAUAGUCACUUGUUUAUCAAAUACGAGAACAACAGCUGAAAAUCAUUUUCAAGAUGUACGAUUGUUAAAAUUUGAGUACUCAGAAAAUAGUAUUAACUAUUCGCCUGGAGAUGUUUUAAUGGUUCGUCCAGUUAACUCUGAAAUAUCAGUUAACACUUUUUUUAAAUUGCUUAAUGAUAAUAAGAAUAUGAAACUAAGUCCUACCACAAUACUGAAUGUGACACAAUGCAGUGAUGACAUGCCUAUACCUUACAAUUUGAGCAAACAAUUUACUUUAUAUCAAUGUGCUAAAUACUAUUGGGAUUUAAAUAUUAUACCAAAUAGGUAUACAUUUCAAUUGUUGUCAUACUUCACGGACAAUGAAUUAGAAAAAGAAAAGCUGAAGGAAUUUACCACUCCUGAAGGACAAGAAGAACUAUACAGCUAUUGUAAUCGCCCAAGAAGAACUAUUCUGGAAGUAUUGGCUGAUUUUCCUCAUGCAACAGCUAAUUUAUCUUUAGAAUACCUUUUUGAAAUUUUUUCUCCAAUACGCCCAAGAGCCUUUUCAAUUGCAUCAGCACCAUCAGUACACAAAAAUGAAAUACAUUUACUUGUUGCUGUUGUUACGUACAAGACAAAAUUACUGGCUAAACGAAUUGGCUUAUGUUCUACAUGGCUCGCUAGUUUAAACAUUGGUGAUAAAAUUCCAGUUUGGAUUCAGAAAGGAACUUUUCAGUUUCCAUAUAGUCAAUCAUGUAAUGUUAUAAUGAUCGGACCUGGUACUGGAGUAGCACCAUUUCGAAGUUUUGUGCAUGAAGCUGUAACUAAUAAAUGUGGCAAUGCAAAAACAUUACACUUGUAUUUUGGAGCUAGAAAUAGAUUGAAAGAUUUUCAUUGUGUUAAUGAUUGGGAAAAACUAGUAGCAGAUAAAAAACUAUCACUGUUUACUGCAUUUUCAAGAGAUCAAGAUCAUAAAAUUUAUGUACAGCACAUUUUAGAACAAAAUGAAGAAGAAUUAUUUAAAUUACUUUCUAAUAAAGAAUGUUAUGUAUUUGUUGCUGGAAAUGCAAAAGACAUGCCAACUGCAGUUAAAAAUGUAUUUAUAAAUAUACUUACAAAAAAUAAACAUUUAAAUACUAUAGAUAUGAUGGAAACUAAAGGAUUUUAUCAAACUGAAACCUGGAGUUAAUAUUCUUAUAUUACAUCAUACAUAUAUCAAACAUAUAAAUAAAAUGUUAUAUUGAUUAUUAUAUUAAUUAAAAUAAAAAUAAUAUGUACAAUUUUGAAUUAAAAGUGAUUAUUUUUCUGAAUACAAUUUUUUAGUAGACUAGAUGGUUAAUUUAUUAUUAAUUAUUUAUAAUAAUUACCAAUCAUAUGUUGAUGUAAACUUUCAAUUUUAAUCAAAAUAAAACAUAUUUUUGUGGUUAUA